GUGGAGGGCCAGAGGCGGCGGCGGCGGCGGCGGCGGCAGCGGCGGCCCGCGUCCGAGGCUCGCGGGCUGCGGGCCCCGGUGAGUGCACACCCAGCGCGCGGCAGGGCUCCCGAUGUGUCAUCUUGUCCCGCCGCAGCCAAGAUGCCCGGGGAGUGGGGUCCUCCACACCCCCUCCGUGGGUGUGUGGAUUGUACACCAUGGGCGAUUUUGCCGAGGAAGAUCUCUCUGAGGCAGAUUAUGCCUUGUUAGAAGCUUGCCCUUACGAGGACGACUGUGUCUUUGCUCCUGAAUUUGUGACGGAUGAUUAUGUUCGUGUGACUCAGCUUUACUGUGAUGGAGUGGGUAUGCAGUAUAAAGAUUAUGCCCAAAGUGAGAGAAAUUUAGAAUAUGACAUCUGCAAUAUAUGGUGUAGGAAACCAGUUUCUGUCCUGCAAGAUUACUGUGAUGCCAUUAAAAUAUAUAUCUUCUGGCCACUUCUUUUCCAACAUCAACACAGUUCUAUAAUAUCAAGAUUACAUCCCUGUGUGGAGACCACCAGUUUUCCUGCUUCUGAGAUAAGUUUGAAGAAGUUACAAUAUCUUGAAUUGAUGGAAGACAUUGUGGAUUUGGCAAAGAAAGUUGCAAAUGAUCCAUUCCUUAUUGAAGGCUUAUUGAGAAUUGGCUAUAAAAUAGAAAAUAAAAUCUUGGCAAUGGAAGAAGCUUUAAAUUGGGUAAAAUACACAGGCGAUGUAACAAUUCUACCUAAAUUAGGAUCAGUUGACAAUUGUUGGCCUAUGUUAAGCAUUUUCUUUACUGAAUACAAGUAUCACAUAACUAAAGUUGUAACGGAAAACUGCAAUUUACUUGAAGAAUUUAGAAAUCAAAAUUGUGCCGAGUGUAUGGAGCAAGGAGAACUAAUGAAAAUGAGAGGAAAUGAAGAGUUUUCCAAACAAAGAUUUGAUGUAGCUAUUAUUUAUUACACCAGAGCCAUUGAAUAUAGACCUGAAAACCACCUUCUUUAUGGUAACCGAGCUCUUUGUUUUCUUCGUACUGGACAGUUCAGAAAUGCACUUGGUGAUGGAAAGAGAGCCAUUAUUCUGAAGAACACUUGGCCAAAGGGUCAUUAUCGUUAUUGUGAUGCUCUUUCUAUGCUGGGGGAAUAUGACUGGGCCCUGCAAGCAAACAUAAAAGCUCAAAAACUCUGUAAAAAUGACCCUGAGGGAAUCAAGGACCUAAUUCAGCAGCAUGUAAAGUUACAAAAACAAAUAGAAGACCUACAAGGUCGAACACCUACUAAGAAUCCAAUUAAAGCUUUUUACGAAAGCAGGGCCUACGUACCUAGAAAUUUAUCAGCACCUGCUUUUAGUACAUCACUUAACUUUGUGGAGACAGAAAGGGAUUUCAGAAGAACUAACCACGAAAUGGCCAAUGGUGGUAGUAAUCAGAAUCUAAAGGUGGCAGAUGAGGCUUUGAAGGGAGAUGAUUGUGACUGUCAUCCUGAAUUUGUACCAUCAUCAAGUCAGCCUCCAAAACAUAAAGGAAAACAAAAAUCCCGAAACAAUGAAUCAGAAAAAUUCAGUUCUGGUUCACAGUUGACUUUACCAGUAGAUUUGAAAAAUAUCUUGGAGAAACAAUUUUCUAAAACUUCCAGAGCUGCACACCAGGAUUUUGCUAAUAUAAUGAAAAUGCUCAGAAGCUUAAUUCAGGAUGGUUACACAGCCUUGUUGGAGCAGCGUUGCCGCAGUGCUGCACAAGCCUUUACAGAAUUGUUAAAUGGCUUAGAUCCUCAAAAAAUAAAGCAAUUGAACUUGGCUAUGAUUAACUAUGUAUUAGUCGUCUAUGGACUUGCCAUUUCUCUCCUUGGAAUAGGACAGCCUGAGGAGUUAUCUGAAGCUGAAAACCAGUUUAAGAGAAUUAUUGAACACUACCCCAACGAGGGACUUGAUUGCUUGGCCUACUGUGGAAUCGGAAAAGUAUAUUUGAAAAAGAACAGGUUUCUCGAAGCCCUCAAUCACUUCGAAAAGGCAAAAACUUUGAUUUGUCGUCUUCCUGGUGUGUUAACUUGGCCCACAAGUAAUGUGAUAAUUGAAGAGUCGCAUCCAGAAAAAAUAAAGAUGCUGUUAGAGAAAUUUGUUGAAGAAUGCAGAUUCCCCCCAGUGCCAGAUGCCAUUUGCUGCUAUCAGAAGUGCCGUGGAUACUCCAAGAUUCAGAUAUAUAUAACUGAUCCAGAUUUUAAGGGUUUUAUACGGAUCAGCUGUUGCCAGUAUUGUAAAGUAGAAUUUCACAUGAACUGCUGGAAGAAGUUAAAAACAACAACAUUUAAUGAUAAAAUUGACAAGGAUUUUCUACAAGGAAUUUGUCUUACCCCUGACUGUGAAGGAAUAAUUUCUAAGAUUGUCAUCUUUAGCAGUGGUGGUCAAGUUAAAUGUGAAUUUGAACACAAGGUCAUAAAAGAAAAGGUUCCUCCAAGACCUAUUCUGAAACAGAAAUGUUCUAGCCUAGAGAAGCUAAGACUGAAAGAAGACAAAAAAUUGAAGAGAAAGCUCCAAAAACAAGAGGCAAAAAAAUUAGCACAAGAAAGAAUGGAAGAGGAUUUAAGAGAAAGUAAUCCACCUAAAAAUGAAGAUCAGAAAGAAACUGUAGACAGUGUUCAGAGCUGUCAGUUCCUUGAUGACAGAAUUCUGCAGUGCAUAAAGCAGCAUGCUGACAAGAUUAAAUCUGGUAUAUUGAAUACUUCCAAGCUUCUCAAAGAACUGCUUUCUUGGAAAGUUCUGAGCACAGAAGACUAUACGACAUGUUUUUCUAGCAAAAAUUUUCUCAGUGAAGCAGUCGACUAUGUUAUCUGUCAUUUGAUUCAAGAAAAGAAUAGAGUAAAGACAAGAAUAUUUCUUCAUGUUUUGAGUGAGCUUAAAGAAGUGGAGCCCAAAUUAGCCAUCUGGAUCCAGAAACUUAAUAGCUUUGGUUUAGAUGCAACAGGACCUUUUUUUUCUCGAUACGGAGCAUCUCUUAAGGAACUUGAUUUUAGCAUCCUGACUUUUCUCUGGAAUGAGAAAUACAGUCAUAAACUAGGCUCCAUAGAAGGAAAGCAGCUUGAUUACUUCUGUGAGCCAACAUCAUUAAAGGAAGCACGUUGUUUGAUAUGGCUUCUAGAAGAACACAGAGACAAGUUCCCCGCAUUGCAUAUUGCUUUAGACGAAUUCUUUGAUAUAAUGGACAGCCGCUGUACUGUAUUAAGGAAACAAGACAGUGGUGAAGCACUGUUUAGUUCUACCAAGGUAAAAAACAAAGGCAAAAAAAAGAAGCCAAAAGAUUCAAAGCCGAUGUUAGUGGGAUCUGGAACAGCAUCACUGACACCAAAUAAUGAGACUGUCACUUCAGGUGAAGACCACAACAGACACAAUUCAGAUUCUGCAGGCCCGUUUGCAGUGCCUGACCAUCUCCGGCAAGACGUGGAAGAAUUUGAAGCUCUAUAUGACCAGCACAGUAAUGAAUACGUCGUCCGCAACAAGAAGCUAUGGGAUAUUAACCCGAAACAGAAGUGCUCAACUCUGUAUGAUUACUUCUCUCAGUUGUUGGAAGAACAUGGUCCCUUGGAUAUGAGUAAAAUGUUCUCUGAAGAAUAUGAAUUUUUCCCUGAAGAAACACGACAGAUUCUAGAAAAAGCAGGAGGUUUAAAAUCUUUUCUCCUGGGAUGUCCUCGUUUUGUUGUGAUUGACAACUGUAUUGCAUUGAAAAAAGUUGCUUUACGGCUCAAGAAAAAAAGGAAGAAGAAACACAUAAAAGCUAAAGUAGAGGAGAUUUCCAGAACAGGAGAGUAUUUACGAGUUAAACUACCGCUGAACCCAUCUGCCAGGGAAUUUCAGCCAGAUGCAAGCUCCAAGCCACUGUCUGACUUGUCUUCAGAACCAGCUUCUGAGGAUGUGAAACCCAAACCUGAGUCUGCUGAUUCUCCCAGGUUAACUUGUGAAGAUGUGAAACCGAAACUGGAAUCUGCUAGCUCUUCUGGUUCAGUUUCUGAGGAUAACAAACCCAAAGGGAUCUCUGCUGAUUCUCCCAAGCCAGUGUCUGAGGAUGCAAAUCACAAGCAAGUCUCCUCUAAUUCUCCCAAACCAAUUCCUGAGGAUGUGAAACCAACAUAUUGGGCUCAGUCCCACUUGGUCACAGGAUACUGUACAUACCUUCCCUUUCAGGGAUUUGACAUCACUCAGACACCACCAACAUACAUAAACGUGUUACCAACUUUGUCCCAGUACACCAGCAUUUACACACCUUUGCCCAGCAUUUCCUCUGAAUAUCCCCUGCAAAGAUCGAUACCAGUGGUGCCAUCUUUUGUAGCCAGUGACAGAGCAGAUAAAAAUGCUGCUGCAUGUUUUCAGGGUCAUAAUUUCAGUGCUGACAAUGACUCUGGUAACCAGAUUGCUUCUAAAACACAGAUCCUUGAGGACUCUUUGGGAAUAUCUGUAAAGUCACAGAGCAGCCCAGGUGAUGCUGACCCAGCCCCAAGCAAGGCUGAUGAGCUCUGCAAGAACUCUAAUAACAGUCGUGAAGUCCACCCAGGAAGCACUAACCUGGUAACAGAUGGUCCACGCACACAGGUGGUUGCCAUACAGGUGUCUUGGAACAUAACACACCAGGAAGUCAAUACUGAGCCGUACAACCCUUUUGAGGUACAACAGGGGGAGAUUUCACGGAUUGAAAAGGAGUACUACGUGUUACAGGAACAGCUUAAGGAAGCAUGUGAAAAUUAUGAGCAGGUAAAACUCAGGAGCUCAGAAGAGACCAGGGACCUGGAAGACAAGUUGAGGCGAAACACAGAAGAAAGCACGAUCUCAAAGACAGAAUUAGAUUGGUUCCUCCAAGAUCUGGACAAAGAAAUUAAAAAGUGGCAACAAGAGAAAAAAGAAAUUCAAGAAAGACUAAAAGCACUAAAGAAGAAAAUUAAAAAGGUUUUGAAUGCCAGUGAAAUGUUUACCCAGCAGAAUGAUGGCAUGGACAAGGAAUGUGAACUACAUCUGGAACAGACCCUUGAAAUCAGUAAGACAUUUACAGAUGAGAAAAUGAAAAUAGAAGAGUGUGUAAAGAAAGGGAAAGAAAAUUGUGAAGAGAGUCACCACAGAGCUGUGGCUGCCGAGCUAUCCGUGCUUGAGAACUGGAAGGAGAGUGAAGUGUUUAAGUUACAGGUCAUGGCAUCACAAGCAGAAGCUUAUCUUCAGAACCUCAAGCUAACGAGCAGCGAUUCUGCAGCAUGUCCUGACAUGGAGUCUGAGACACAAUCAUGGGAAUCGUUUAUUUCUAAUGUUACAAAAGAAAUUGAGAAAGCAAAGUCUCAGUUUGACGACCACAUAAAAGCAGUUAAAGAUGGUUCUCGGCUCAGUGAACUUUCUAAAGUGCAGAUUUCCGAGCUUUCAUUUCCUGCCUGUAACACAAUUCGUCCUAAGUUGCCCUCUGAGUCUGUGGGCCUUGAAGAUCCAGAGUCCCUGACUUCUGCAAGCAGUGAAAGUGGACCAGUUCACAGGGAUCUGACUCUGUUCUCUGCCAUUGCUUGUCCAGAGCACACUCCUUCUGCACUGUCACCAGGGUCACCAUCUCGCCAGCCUGAGUUUGCUCAGCAGUCAGAGCCUAAGAGGGCUGGCCAGGCAGCUCCGGCAGAACAAAGCCCUGAGCCUGAUCAGAAACCCCCUUCUCCAGGAUGUGUGACUCAUUCAAGCCAGUCUCCGAAAAGGCCAUUCAACAGUAUCAUUGAGCACCUAUCAGUGCUGUUCCCAAGUUACAGCAGCACCGAGCUUGCUGGUUUUAUCAAAAAAGUUCGAAGCAAAAACAAGAACUCACUCUCAGGAUUACGUAUUGAUGAAAUUGUUGAAAGAGUGACAGAGCAUAUUCUAGAUGAAGAGAAAAAGAAAAAGCCAAAUCCAGAAAAGGACAAGAGGACAUCUGAGACCAGUUCUGCUGCUUCUGUGACCAGGUCCUCCCAGGGCCCACCCUCAGUGGUUAUUGGACCAUCAUACAAAACCAAGGGGCAAAAAACAGAAGAUAUCCCUGCACCAGGUGUAAAUUCCUGUGAAAUAUGCCACGAGGUGUUCAAAUCAAAAAAUAUGCGUGCACUAAAAUGUGGGCACAAGUUUCACAAAGGGUGCAUUAAGCAGUGGCUUAAAGGGCAGAGCACUUGCCCUAUCUGCGGCAGUGGUGACCUCCUGUCAGAAGAGAGCCUGCACCUUCCCUCCUGGACAGGGAAGCCCAGUGAAUGCCAGGAACCACCUUCCUGCUGCUCUAGGUAGCCUCUCUUCACUAAAGUAUUGUUCACCUGUGUGCUGAAUUGAAAUGAUGACGACGUCCUACCUUUGGUAUAAAAAAGCAAACAUUUGAAGACUCUCUUGCCCUGUGUGUCACAAAGAUAAUCAGUGGAAACUUUAAUGCAGUUGAUAUUGAGUGAUUUCCCUUGUCUGAUUAUCAGGUCAUGUGUCACAUUCCGCAUUGUAGGGGCUGCUGCAGAGCAGCUCUUUGCAGGUAGGUGGCUUCUUUUGGGAAGUAUUUUGAGUGCAGUUCUUAAGUUGUAAGAAUUCUUUACCUGGCCAAAUACUCUAGGGUUUUCCUUUUGUGUUUGAAAAAUCUUUUCUAAUAGAGCCGCAAGAGAGAUACUGACCUUUAAAAAUUGGGGAGAAGGUGGCUCAAGCAAGGAGGCAAGCAUGAGGUCCUUAGUUUAAAUUUCAGGACCACCACCAAAAACAAAACAAAUAUUUUAUGGCAUUCAGCAUUCCUAAAGAUAUCUCUACAUGUUCCUUAAAGAUUCUGCAUUUUGAAAAUGGGCUUAAGCAAGUCACAUUUUAAUAAUUUGUUAGUUAAUAUAAACUAUUGGCUGAUAUAAACCACACGAUUCAAAUCCCUUCAUGAAAAACCCCAUGUGCUUUGAUUUUUCAUUGCAUUAUUUUACUGCCCUUACAGAUAUUUAAAGUGUUCAUUUUUCAUCUUUUAAAGAUGUGAUCUGACUUUUGAAACUCAGUUAUAAAACCAUUUUUAUUAGUAUCAGUCAAGACUUUUUUACCCCAAAAACCAAGGCUUUGUAUUCAUACCAACACCACAUUCGGAACUUAUUCUCAGAAUACUCUUAGCAGCUUUCCGCCUUCUUUAUGAUUCAGUGGAAAAGUGCCUGGAUGUCUCCAUCUAGCACAUCGCUGAGCACACAGGCGCUGUGUAGAACCAGGUGCCAUCAUUCUCUCAUUCCCUAUUCUUAUCUCACCACCAUACAAGAGAAACUUGUGUAAUUAGACAAUCCUGAGGUGUUUGUGUUAACACUUGUUCCGUGUUUGACAUUUGUGUAAAGUAAUGCAUGCCAUCUUGUACUGUGGCCUGAGAACAAAACCGUAACUGCAUUAGAAGCUAUUUAAAAAUUAGAAAUCUUUUAGUGACCUAUAAUCAGUGGUAAAUACAGAAACAUGAAUCCUGAAUCCUGGACACAUUCCAUUUCUCUCAAAUGUGAAGGAUUAGAAAACGUUUUUCAGUCUGUUCUUUGUUCCACUGGAAACCCAGAGUCAUGCGUGUAUGAAUGGCUUUGGUCACCUUCUGCCUGUGUCCCACAUGAGUUGUGAUGUCCUAGUGACUUAGUCUGUGCAGCUCACUCCUUAUUCUGAAACAUUCUCCAUGGUGGUCCCUGAAACAUCAUUGUAUAUUCAGAAGAGUUGAGAGCUGUGCAUAUGAACUCUGUAGGACUGGCUUGCAGCAUUGGGUAAGAGGGGAAGAGCAACCGUCUGGAGAAUGUUCUUGCUUAACUUCAAAGCCUUGUGAACAUGCCUUAGAUUUGUCCAACAGUGGUCAAUAAAAGAGCUU